UAUAUAAAACAAGAUUGUUUCUCUCAUUGGAUCAUAUAUGAUGCUGUGUGCAAAUAAGUAGGAAAUUAUCAGACAAGAAUCUUUACUAUUUACCUAUUCGUUGUUAUUCGUUGAACAAAUGGUCAAAUGGUGGUUAAACAUACAAUUAAGUUUUGCAAUUGUGGAAAUACUUGCGAUAUAUAAUUGAAUAAUAAGAUACCCUUUCGACGGGAUUUCUAAAGUUUUAUUAUUCAAAAGAUGGCGAAAGAGUUCAAUACGUGGGACUGGGUUGUUUUCGGAGCACUACUCGGAAUUUCAGCACUAAUUGGUGUAUAUUAUGCAGUAAAAAGCCAUUACAACAAGACAGCCGAUUCCACUGGAGAGUUUCUUAUGGGAGGAAGAAAAAUACCACUACUUCCGGCUUCAGUUAGCAUACUGGUUUCGUUCAUGUCUGCGAUAACAAUACUAGGGGCACCAGCCGAGAUGUACACAGCGGGGACUAUGUAUUUCUUAUAUUUACUCGGACUUAUUCUUGCGUGUGUGAUUUCAGCGACCAUUUUCGUUCCAUUAUUCUACCCAUUGAAGCUUACUAGCAGUUUUCAGUAUUUAGAAGGAAGGUUUAAAUCGAAAGCAGCCAAGCUGACAGGUGCAAUUAUCAUGGUAGUGCAACAGAUUAUGUACAUGGGAAUUGCAACAUUUGCCCCUUCUACUGCCUUGGAGGCUGUUACAGGAUUUCCAACUUGGGCAACAAUUGUUACAGUAGGAUGUGUGUCCACGUUUUAUACGUUUCUCGGUGGUAUGAAAGCUGUGAUAUGGACGGACGUUUUUCAAUCUACGAUCAUGGUGGCCGGACUGCUUGCAAUUACAAUACAAGGCAUUAUUAAGGUCGGUAGCUUUGGUGAAGUUUGGAAAAUUAACGAAGAUUGGAAUAGAAUCGACUUCUGGGAGGCAAACCCGGAUCCGACUAUUCGCCAUUCAAUCUGGUCUCUUGUUUUCGGCACAGCUGUCACGUGGACAGGUGCGUUCGGAGUGACCCAGGCCAGUGUCCAGCGAUACUGCGCAGUUGAAACCUACAAAAAGGCCAAAAUAUCCGUUCUUUUAAACAUCCUUGGUUGUAUCAUAUUGGUGGUGCUGGCCUCGCUAGCUGGGGUGGUCAUGUUUGCAUACUAUGCCCAGUCCGGGUGCGACCCUCUGUCAGCCAAAGAGGUGGGCAACGCCAACCAGUUGAUACCUUAUUUUGUGAUGGAGGUAUUGGGAUACCCUGGUCUCCCCGGUCUGUUUGUGUCAUGUCUGUUUAGUGGAGCACUUAGCACGAUGUCAUCUUGCCUCAAUGCCCUUGCUGCAGUUUGUUGGGAGGACAUGCUCAAGCCUCUCAUUGGCGAGAAAGUGACAGAAUCUACAAAAACAUGGAUCACUAGAACUCUUGUGGCUGUGUUUGGAGGUGCAGGGAUUGGUUUUGCUUUCAUGGCACAGAACCUUGGCGGUACGGUUUUACAGGCUUCGAUGAGUUUUACAGGAGCUGCUUCCGGUCCCCUUCUAGGUAUUUUCCUGCUCGGAGGUUUGUUUCCACGUGCGAAUGCGCCGGGCUGUGUCGUCGGUGGUGUUCUCGGUCUGGUGCUUGCACUGUGGGUCAGUAUAGGUGCGUACAGCCUUCCGGGGAGAGGUUACGCGCUCGAUUUUCCUACAGAGAAUUGUUCUUUACCGGAAGUAGAUAAUAACGUCACAGCAAGUGCAACACCCGUGACACUAUCUGCAGUUCAACAAUUCUACACUCUGUCAUAUCUGUGGUUUUCUUCCGUCGGAACAUUGUCAACAAUAAUUAUUGGCCUCCUUGUGAGCCUUAUAACAUCGCCUUUCGUGGCAAAACAUGAGGUUGAUCCCAUUUACCUGAUUCCCGUAUGCGACCGUCUGUGUUGCUGUUUUCCGGAAUCCUGGAAACGGGUAUUUAGAUGCGGUUAUGAAUUCGAAAAUCCUGAAGAAUAUAUCAAGGACAGUGAUAAUAAUGGUGAAAUUUUAGAGAAAAAGACAUCACUUUCUGAUUUGACUGUUUUAGAGUCUAAACAAAGCAGCAGCCAAUCAAAUCUCGGAAUUACCAGUGACAUGAGCCAAUCAGAUCGCGGGAUUACCAAUGGCGUGACAAGUUUAGCAUAUAGACAAAAGAAAUCCGAAUUUAUCUAUGACAACACCGUUUUUAAAGAGGACGAAAAGAACGGGUCUCAAACGUUAUUUGUAUCUAGUGUAUAAUAGUAUAUUCAUGUGAUGUAAUGAAAUUGUGUUUUAAAAUGUGUAAUACGUUUGUAUGUUGGAUAUGAUUAAACAGAAAAACCAGUAUAAUUACAUUUAUAUAUAAAGAAACAAAAAACGAGAAAAAUGAACUUUCGUCCUCGGCAGAUCUGUUUUGUCCCUGAAAAUAGCGAGAAUGUAAUUAUUUAUUUGAAAAUAGCUUGUUAACUUUACUGCAAGUAGUGUGGCUGUUACAUGUUUAUUCAAUUUGCUUUGUUAAAUUUA